UCUAAUGUAACACUGCUAAUUUUUCCAUAAUGUUCUAUUUAAUCCAUUGUUUGCCAUUUAUAUCGUAUUAUUAAACUAUUAUCUGCGCUUUUACCGAUUUCCCUCGAUUUUCAGAACAAUGAGUUUUCAGAGAGCUGUGCAGACAAUACUUUCGCCGAGCUUUAAGGGUACAACACAGAGGGUUUGUCGUCGAAGUCGGAACACUGCCCCACCGACAUCAACCCAGUCUGUGGCAGCAAGAACCUCUUUGUCCGAACCCUUACCUGGACUCAAUGUUGCCGCUUUUAUUAAAGCGGAACGUAACUCUCCGGAUACUAAGGUUACAACCCUGGAGAAUGGUAUCAGGGUUGCCUCUCAGCCCAAAUAUGGACAGUUUUGUACUGUAGGAGUCUGCAUAGACUCUGGGUCCAGGUAUGAAGUUGCCUUCCCUAGCGGUAUAUCUCACUACCUGGAGAAACUCGCCUUCAAUGCAACAUCUAAAUUUAAUAGCAAAGACGAGAUCUUGCAUAAACUUGAACAGUUUGGAGGAAUCUGUGAUUGUCAAUCCACAAGGGACAUUUUCCUGUACGCUUCUAGUGUGGAUAGCCGGGGGUUGGAGGAGACCAUUGAAAUCCUUGGAGAGGUUGUCCUCCGACCUCUUUUUACAGACGAGGAGAUGGAGAUGUGUGAGAUGAUGAUCAGGUUUGAGCUGGAGGAUCUAGGGAUGCGUCCUGAUCAGGAACCUCUCCUAGUAGAACAGAUUCAUGCUGCAGCUUUCAGAGGAAAUACUCUGGGUCUGCCUAAGAUCUGUCCUCAGGAGAAUAUUGGAUCCAUCAGUAGGAAAACAUUAUACUCUUACCUCUCCGCCUUCCACAGACCUGAGAGAACGGUUGUAGCAGGAGUAGGAGUGGAUCAUGAUCAUCUAGUCGAACACGUUCAGAAAUAUUUUGUUGAUAAACCUCCAAUCUGGGCUAAAGAAAACCUCACUAAAAUCAUCACUGACUCCUCCGUUGCUCAGUAUACAGGAGGACACUGCCUGGUUGAGAAGGAUCUGUCCUCUGUAUCACUGGGUCCUACUCCUAUGCCAGAGCUAGGACAUGUUGUCCUGGGUCUACAGAGUGUAGGACACCAGGAUCCAGACUUUAUACCUUUCUGUGUUCUCAACAUGUUGAUGGGAGGAGGAGGUUCAUUCUCAGCUGGAGGACCGGGCAAGGGGAUGUAUACAAGAUUGUAUACGCACGUACUGAAUCGGUAUCACUGGAUGUAUAGUGCUACAGCGUACAAUCAUGCGUACAAUGAUUCUGGAAUAUUUUGCAUAAAUGCGUCAGCACAUCCAUCCCAGCUCGGGGACCUAGUCCAGGUUUUGGUUCGUGAAUUGGUUGCAAUCACAGGACAAAUAUCAGAUUCUGAACUUAACCGAGCUAAAACUCAGCUUAAAUCUAUGCUGUUAAUGAACCUAGAGUCUAGACCAGUCAUAUUCGAGGAUGUUGCAAGACAGGUUCUGGCUCAAGGACAUAGAAAACCUCCUCAACAUUUUAUCCAUCUAAUCGACCGUGUUACCCGGGACGAUAUUAACAGAAUCGGAGAGAAAAUGCUCGCGUCUAAAGUUAGUUUGGCAGGAAUUGGAACCUUGAAGAAACUACCCAGCUUCAAUGAUAUUGAACUCGGUCUACUCGAUAAACAGGGUUUGUUGCCCCGAAGAAAGUUUGCCGGUAUGUUCAGAUGAAACGGAAUUAGAUUUUGAGACUAAACGAACCUUGUUACAUCGUUAUUCAACUUCACAAACAAAACAGAUUCAUUGCAGAGAUAUAAAAAUUCAAACCUUGGA